UGCUCUAGGAGGAUGCAUAACCCCGGACCUCUCUCUGGACAGUGCUGAUUGGCCCUGUGCUGAUCACAUGCACUCUCCCAAGAAAAAGAAAAAACUCUCAAGCAAUACUCUCCAAACUGAGCAUGUGCAGACUUACAAUCUAGGAGAAGUGUCUUAUAUGUCUUAUCAGGAGAUAAGAGGGGGACACUGGCACAAGGGGAGGAUCACAGAAGACAGGAUCAAACAGGGUUUGUACACAAUGCAGAGGAUUAACCCCUUAGGUUCCACAGUGAGUAUAACAAGCAUGCUUUACUGUAUAUACAGACUGAUUUUACUGUUGUGGGUUUAGUAACACUU